GAAAAGACAAAACAAUAAAAAAUCAGCGAAUGAAAGAAUCAAAAAUUAUAAUGAGGAAGGUAAGGAAGGUGAGGAAGAUGGGAAAAAUGGAGAAGAUGGGGAAGAUGAUAUAGGAGAAUAUGAACAAUGCUUGGAGGAAUUAGAGGAAGAUAAUACAGAUAUAUUAUUUAAUUGUUCAGCUUCUAAAACAUCAGCUUUGCCUUUGAGAAGGCAAAAUAGAACUGGAAACCAAAUUGCUGUAAUUUCUAUUGACGAUGAUGAACACCGCUUAGAGAAUAAUUAUGAAGAAUCUGAUAAUUAUUCUAAUCCUUCUAAAGCGGUUGCAAUCAAUAAAACAUCAUACAUUGAAAAGAUAUUACCUGCCAAGAAUUCAGCAAGUAAGGUUUCGCACGCGAAUACCUAUACAUUACGUAUGAUAACGAUGGAUCCACAUGUGGCAACAGAAACUUCUACAGCAAUGCCAGUAUGUAGAAAUGAGACUUCAUAUACGACAGCAGUGGCUUCAGCAGCAAUACCAACGGACAUAAAUGAGGAUCAAAUUACAAAGUUUUCUAUAUCAAACGAAUUUGAUAUCGCAUUAUGGGUGGCUAACUACCCAAGAAUCCUGAAUUUAGCUAUGAUUAUUCAACGUGCCCAAGUAAUGAAUACUGAUGAUAGUUCUAAGACAUCCUUGGAUAAUGAUAAUAUGUUGAAUAAUAUACAAUCAAACAUUUCCAUUUCAGAAAUAGGCCAUUAUAAGAAAAUUAAUCUCCAAAAUGAGUGUAAAGCUCUUUUUUUACGCACAAGAAAUAACACAUAUGAACUAUAUGAAGAAUUAAUUACACGUGUGUGUGAAAUUCCAAAAACUAAUGUUCGUAUGAAAACGUUGAUUAAGGAUGUCGGUACUUGGUAUGAUAGUUACCGAUGUAACUUUCAUUGUUCUAUCUUAGGCCUUGCAAAUCAAUACUCCCAAAUUCAUGAAGGGGAAGAACUUGUAGAUAGUGAGUUAGCUGAAUUUUGCACUGAUAUGGUGGAAAUGGCAAAGGAUCCAGAAAUAUUCACUAAGCUUGGCAUUUUCGCGUACCAAGCUCUUAAAGCAGUUCUUAUUGCAGGAAAUAAUUAUCAAAGUACAUCAGCUGCAAUCAAAACUUGCGAUGAAUAUACCGUAGAUCUAAAAUCCCAACUAGACUUGGCGUCGUGA